UUCCCUUUCACUUCUAGUCAUAUUUAGGAGCUUUUUUCCAUAUAUCAUCAGUCACCAUACCAGAUCCCCUCUUCAACCAUAUAUAGGGUUAUUUCAGAAAAUACAUAAAAGGCCAUGAGAUGGUAGGACUAAGUGUAGUACUCGAAGGCAAUGAAAAUAUAACUGGGACGAAAACAAAUGUGGCUAUUACUGCAACUGCAACUUGUGCUACAUCUUCUUUUUCAAAUAUAGUCAACAAAGCCAGUACUGUGACAAUCAAACCUUUUUCGCCUAACAUUACAAUAUCCUCUCCUUUUUGCACUCAAAACUCUUUUGCAGCCAUAGCCAUGGCCACUACUAAUUGUGGAUUUCUUGAUUCUUGUUUUCUUUGUAAGCAGAAGCUCUUACCUGGCCAAGACAUCUACAUGUACAAGGGUGAUCGGGCAUUUUGCAGCGUGGAGUGCAGGUGCAGCCAUAUUUUCAAGGAUGAAGAAGAAACUACAAAGACAAAACCAAAAGAUAACUGUUCAUUAGCCUCCAUUAAACCUCAAGCUUCUUCUUCGACAUCUACGUGCUGAGAUUUUCUUUUAACAAUACCAGAUUUAAUUCUCACCACAUUUUGUUUUGACUAUAGACUAUAGGUCACGAGUUUAAACCGUGGAGCAGUCAUUAAUACUUACAUUAGGAUAGACCGUCUACAUCACACUCCUCAAUGUACGGCCUUUUCCCGAGCUCUAUGUGAAUAUGCGAUAUUUUGUGCA